AUGAGCGAAUUCUGGCACAAGAUGGCCUGCUGCGUCAACGCCAAAGCGCCACCGAAGAAGAGGAGGCGGAGAAUCGACCGCAGCAUGAUCGGCGAGCCCACGAACUUCGUCCACUUGACGCACAUCGGAUCGGGAGAGAUGGCCGACGGAUUUCAGCCCUCGGGCUUGGUUCAGGAGCAGAUGAGGUCCAAAUGUCCAAACGUCAACGGCAGAAACAGUCUUUUAUAG